AUGUGUCCUGAGGAGGAUGGAGAUCCCUUGGAUCGUUGCCCGCUCAUGAGAGCAAAUCUCAUCGCCACGCAUUUCAGUGUGAUACGCCAAAGAAAUCAAACGUUUAUUACGGAAGUCCUGGUGGUUGGGUUUGAAGACUUCAAUGAGUAUAGGAUUCCGCUCUUCGUCCUUUUAUUGGUCAUCUAUAUUGCCACCUGCGUGGAGAACGUCCUGAUCAUCUCUCUGGUAUGGAAAAGCCCGCGCCUCCACUCCCCCAUGUACUUCCUGAUCAGCAAUCUACUCCUCUGCGAAUUUAUCAACACCACCAACAUGGACCCGUCCGCGUUGUACAACAUCCUGUCGGGAACAGGGGUCAUCUCCUUCGUCGGCUGUCUGGCGCAGAUCAACGUCGUGAUCGCCGUCUUGAUCUUCCAGACUUUCCUGCUCAUGCUGAUGUCGUCGUACGACUGGUAUUUGGCGAUCUGUCACCCGUUGAGGUAUUCUUCCCUCAUGCACAUUAGACUCUGCCUGUAUGUAAUCAUCGUCUUCUGGAUGAUCGCAGUCCUCCUUGUGUCCGUACUUAUCUAUUUCUUAGUCAGCCUGGAAUAUUGCGGUCGCGUUAGGCUCGAUUACUUCUUCUGUGAAUACACUGCUUACAGUAUUGCCGUGUGUGUGAUGUCCGACGCGCGGGCCCUGAUAACGUACAGCUGGGUGGUCAGCUACACUCUCAACGUGACUUUCCUGUUGAUUCUCCUGUCCUACAUACUCAUCAUCAUCGCCAUCCUCAGGAUCAAGUCGUCUGCCGGGAGACGGAAGGCCUUCUCCACCUGCAGCUCACACCUCCUGGUGGUGUCUUUGUAUUUCGGGAUACCGUUUAUUUCCUAUCUGGUGCCGAUGAGCAUGACUGACUAUAACGCGCUCUCCUUCAUAUACUAUUUGGUGCUCCCCAUGUUAAAUCCCAUUAUUUACACUUUUAGGAAUGAGGACAUUCGUCAAGCUUUCCGGGCGUCAGCGAGUGAAUUGAAACAAUAUUAUGCCAAUAAAAUACAUUGA